AUGUCACUCAGAAGCACAAACACUCGAAUUCAUGGUUUAGCUGAAACGGAAGAGAACACCGAACUUCUGCGGGUCAGAGUUGUGAAAGCAGAACGUUUAUUAAAAAGGGAUAUGUUUGGUAUUUGUGAUCCAUAUGCUGUGGUUUCGUUGAAGCGUAAUGGAAACGUCGUUAUUGAAAAAGUGCAUACUAAAACACGACGCAAAACCUGUGCUCCAGUGUGGAAUGAAGAAUUUAUUUUUCGAGUGGUUCGUAAAGAUUGUAACUUGGUUAUCCAAGUCUUUGAUGAAAAACGCAUCACACGUGACAAUUUCCUUGGAAUGGUAGACAUUAAUUUACAUCAAGUGCACAUCCCUUAUGAGCAGGUUGGAAUUUCAGUAUCAGAAGCGUCAUAUAUUUUGAAUCCCCAUUCUCAUCGCCCCAACGCUUCAGUUCAAGGUUGUAUAUGGCUUUCACUUUCAUACAUCAUCAAUCCUAUGAAGAGCUCUAAUGAUUACGUUGGUUUUUGGGAGUGUCUCACCAAUCAUCAUAAUUCAACUUAUUCUCUUCCUGAAGAACUAAUAACUGAAAUAGCAAAAAGAAUUGUCAAGAAAAAAAAUCUUCAAGGUUGGGAAGAGCGACAAGAUGCUAAUGGUCGAAUAUUUUACGUUAAUCAUAUAUCGAGAACAACACAAUGGAUGCGCCCUAUAAGAAGCAAUGUAGAUGAAUCAUCAGAGCAUGAUGACGCUAUGCGUAGAAACUAUGAAAGUCGUUGGCAAGGUUCUAGCGAAGAACAUGUUCAGGACAGUAUCGCUAGUUUGGAAGCGAGGUUACGAGUAAAUUUUGAGUCUGGUGAUUGUGUUGAUCCAAAUGAUGGUAAAGGGCCAUUACCGCAAGGUUGGGAUAUGCAGGUUGCACCAAAUGGACGAAUAUUUUUCAUCGAUCAUAUUCAUAAAACAACAACUUGGACUGAUCCAAGAGAUGGAGAUGCACCUGCUACUUCCAUUGUAAAAGAAAUUGUAAGAGACGAACUCGGUGAUUUGCCUGCUGGUUGGGAGCAGCGAGUUCACACUGAUGGUCGAGUAUUUUAUAUUGAUCACAAUACUCGACGAACGCAAUGGGAGGAUCCAAGAUUUGAGAAUACAAAUUUCGCUGGUCCAGCUGUCCCGUAUUCGCGUGAUUAUAAAUGUAAAUAUGAGUAUCUGAGAUCAAAUCUUCCUAAAGCAUCUGUUAGCACAAAGUGUGAAAUCACUGUUCGACGACAUCGAUUAUUCGAAGAUUCUUUUAGACAAGUAAUGAAGUUCUUACCUGCUCAGUUGCGUUCCAAACUUUGGGUUGAUUUUGAGAGUGAAAGAGGCUUGGAUUAUGGUGGUGUUGCUCGCGAGUGGUUUUAUCUACUUUCUCAUGACAUUUUUAGCCCUUAUUAUGGGUUGUUCGAAUAUUCAGCAACUGAUAAUUAUACACUGCAAAUAAACCCGCAUUCAGAAACAUGUAAUCCGGAACACCUUUCUUAUUUUCAUUUUAUUGGUCGAAUUAUUGGCAUUGCUAUUUAUCACGGGAAACUUUUAGAUGCAUUUUUUAUUCGGCCAUUUUAUAAAAUGAUGUUGGGUAAACCAAUCACUUUAAAUGAUAUGCAGUCUGUAGACAGCGCGUAUUUCAAUUCAUUAGUUUAUAUCAAAGAGAAUGAUCCUGAAGAUCUUGGCUUAUAUUUUGCAGUAGAUGAAGACGUUUUUGGACAGGUCAAUACUGUUGAACUUAGAGAAGGUGGAGCAGAAAUAAGAGUAACUGAAGCUAAUAAGGACGAAUAUAUUGCUCUGAUAAUUAAGUGGCGUUUUGUUAGUCGUGUUGAAUACCAAAUGAAAGCACUGAUGAAAGGUGUUCAUGAGAUGAUACCGCCGAAUUUGUUAUCAAUUUUUGACCCAAAUGAACUUGAGUUACUCGUAUGUGGCUUGCAAAAAAUCGAUGUUAAGGAUUGGAAAGACAAUACUUUAUACAAAAAUGGUUACUCGCCAUGUCAUCCGGUAAUUCAGAACUUUUGGAAAUGUUUGCUGGCAUUUGAUAAUGAAAUGCGUGCGCGACUGCUUCAAUUUGUCACAGGUACCUCACGCGUCCCAAUGAAUGGCUUCCGGGAAUUAUAUGGAUCAAAUGGACCUCAUAAGUUUACAAUUGAACGGUGGGGUAGUGUAGACAUGCUUCCACGAGCACAUACUUGUUUCAAUCGCAUUGAUUUGCCGCCGUACACGAGUUUCCAUGAAAUGAAAGAACGGUUGACAACAGCUAUCGAAAACUCGGAGAUCUUUGCUGGUGUUGACUGA